AUGUACCAAGGACUCGGAGCGCGGCGCGGCCCCAGCGUCGGGCGCGCUCGCCAGCGCGCGCCCAAGCGGCACGCGAGUACAGAUGUGCCGUGGGAGGAGCGGAGUGCGUGGUACGAGCUGCGCCCGUUUCGCGGCAUGUACGCAGACGUGCGCCGGCGCCUGCCAUUCUAUCUCUCGGACUGGUUCGACGCGCUGAAGCCGAGCAAUGUGCCGAUUGUCGUCGCGAGCGUCGUGCAGAUCUUCUUUAUCAACCUUAUGCCUGCGAUCGCAUACGUGCUGGACAUGUACGAUCGCACGGACGGGAGCUACGGCGUGAACGAAGUGAUCCUCGCGUCGGCGCUCGCCGCGGUCGUGUUCUCGCUCUUUAGCGCGCAGCCGCUCACGUUUGUCGGCGUGACGGGCCUGACGAAUCUGAUGAACUAUACCGUGUACGACAUUGCCCACAACGGCUAUGGGCUGGACCGCUUUGCCUACUUGCGCCUCCAGUGCUGGAUGCUCAUCUGGGCCGCCGGCUUUCACUUUCUCGUGGCCAUCUUUAAUCUGUGCGACUACACGCGGUUCAUCACGGACAUGACUGCGGAUACGUUUGGCCUGUACGUCGGUGUGAUCUACGUGCAAAAGGGCAUUGAGUUGCUCGUGCGCGAGUUUGGGCCGGAGCCGCUCGACAGCGCCACGGGAUGGCUCGCGGUGACCAUCGCGGUGCUCUUUAGCGUGACGGUGUACUUUGCGACGCUCGUCGGUGCCUCGACCUACCUCCCGUUCCAGCUGCGGCGCAUCGUGGGGCAGCUCGCGUUUGUCGCAGGCUGCCUCUUUUGGACGGGCUUUGCGCACUUUCCGGGGCGCACGCUGCGGGACGUGCCUGUAUCGCGCCUGCCGAUCACCAAGAGCUUCUUUCCGACGCUCGACCGGCCGUGGCUCGUGGACUUUUGGAACUCGGACGUGUCGUGGGUGUUUGUUGGCGCACCGCUUGGGUUCCUUCUGACGCUCCUCUUCUACUUUGACCAUAAUGUGUCGAGCGUCAUGGCGCAAGCACGCAAGUUUCCCAUCACCAAGCCCGCCGGCUUCCACUGGGACUUUUUCCUGCUGGGCAUCACUACGUUUGUGUCGGGCAUCCUAGGCCUCCCGGUGCCGAAUGGACUUGUGCCGCAGGCGCCGUACAACACCGACUCGCUCGCAGUGUACACCCAGGAGCGCGUCACGGACGAGGAGCAACGGGGACGCAGUGUGUCUGCGUCGGGCAACGCGUCGCUCUUGCACAUUACGCACUUUCCCAAUGUGCGCAUCGCGCGCGUGGUCGAGCAGCGCCUGAGCCACUUUGCCAUCGCACUCCUGACGAUCGGCGCUAUGACUCGCCCCAUCCUCGUUGCACUCGGCACAAUGCCGCGUGCCGUGUUUGCCGGCGUGUUCUUGCUCGUGGGCUGGGCGUCGAUCGAGUCGAAUCCGAUCGUCACGCGCACCUUGUCGCUCCUGCAGGACCGCAGCGCGGUGCCGAUCUCGCCGAGCGCACGCCCGCCGCUUAUGCAGCUGCCGCGCGUAAAGAUUGCACUCUUUGUUGGCAUCCAGUGGCUGUUCUUUGCCAUGACCAUUGCGAUUUCGCAGACGAUCGCGGCGAUCGGUUUCCCAGUCAUUAUUAUCCUCAUGAUCCCGUGCCGCGUGUACUGCGUGCCGCCGCUCUUUUCCAAGCACGAGCUCGAGGUGCUCGACGCCCAGACGGCGAACGCGCCGGCCGUCUUGCGGUCGCUCGGCGUCGCAGCCGGGGGCGCCGAGGCAAGGAAGGAGGCGAGCGAGAAAGAGGCGGCCGAGGCAGAGGCGAGCGAGACGAAGGCCACAAGCGAGGGCGACGCUGCUUCGGUGCGCACCGCACAGCCAGCCGUGCCCCUGACGAGCGUCACGCCUGCGACGCCGCAGCCGGAAAAGGCAGAGCAGUCAAAUGGCGAUGCCCAAGGCCGCUCCGUGCGCCCUGUUUCGUCCAACGCGACGCUCUCGUCGAAUGCCACCGGAUCGCGCUUGAUCGAGACGUUCGACAUGCCCUCGCGUCGUGGAUCGCAGCGAAGCUAUUCGUCGUCGGUCGCCAAGAUGCCCGAGGUGCGGGAUGAGGACGAGGACGAGCCAGAGCCCAAGGACGCGCCGCCCCAAGCGCCUGCGCCCAAAAAGGCCUCGGAGCCCGCGCCGAAGCGCAUGCCGCCGCCGGCGUCCAAGCCGACGCCCGCUACAUCCACGUCGACGCCCGCUGCACCCAAGUCCUUCCUUUCGUGGUUUUCGCCUCAAAGCACGCCCGUCAAGCGCGUGCGCAUCACUUCGCAGCCGAUCUAUGCCGACGACAGCUCGGUCGACGAGCCGCGCGAGUUUAUCCGUGUCGAGAACCCGCCCCGGGGCCCUGGCAAAGGGGUGGCCGGUGUGCAGUGGCGCAAGUAA